AUGGGGUGCAACAUGUGUGUGGUGGACCGGCCCGAGGAGCAGUACCGCAUCAUGUUCCAGGCACAAUUGGAGGAACGAGGCCAAAUAUCAAGGUCAAGGUUAAUAAGGGCCCUCCGACAGUCCCACGAUCCUCUGCUGCUUCAGGUGGUGCGUAAAGGGCACCGCCGGAGGACGGGCAUGGCUGGGGGCACGGCUCGCGUGCUGGCGAUCGCCGACUGCAUGGACAACAGCACCCAGACGGACAUCAGCUUCCAGAGAAUUCUGGGAAACGGCACCUGCGCCGCCGCAACCAAUGGGACGCCACCGCCCCCUCCAUCGCCACCUCUGCCACCACAGAUGGAGCCGUACAUGUUAAAUGACCUCUGUUCUUUGGAGCACGUGUACAGCGACCCCCACGACUACUUCGACGUCACUCAUCAUGAAGUAGACCGACAAGAUGAGCUGGAGUAUGAGGAGGUGGAGUUGUAUAAGUCCAGUCAGCAGGACAAGCUGGGCCUGACCGUGUGCUACCGUACAGAUGACGAGGAGGACCAAGGCAUUUAUGUGGGAGAGGUAAAUCCCAAUAGCAUCGCAGCAAAGGACGGGAGGAUCAGACAGGGUGACAGAAUCUUGCAGAUAAAUGGGAUGGAUGUUCAGAACAGGGAGGAGGCGGUGGCCAUCCUGACCCGAGAGGACAGCACCAAUAUUUCUCUGCUCCUGGCUCGACCCGAACGAGAGUCUGACAACCCUGAGGAGCUGGAGCUGGAGCUGCCGGUGGGGAUGGAGGUGGACAGCCUGACCACGUCUCCGCUGUCGGGCAUCUACCGGCUGCGGCAGAUGGGGGUGAGCACGGCCUCUGCGGCCACCACGCCGCUCCACGGGGCCGCCGACGCCAUCGCCGCCGCCGCCGCCGGCGAGAGACGGGCGCCCGCGGCGCACCUGGCGGGGCUCUGCACCAGCCAGGAGCUGGACAGCGGCGUGGGCCGCACCGACGAGAGCACGCGCUGCGAGGAGUCGUCCGAGCACGACCUGCUGGCCGACGAGCAGACCACCAGCGCCUGCAACACCAACGCCACCAACACGCCCGCCAGCCUGCGCAAGUUCCGGCCCGCCGGACUGGGCCUGGGUCCGGUCCACAGCCGCGGGGAGACCCCGUCCCCCCUGCACCUCCGGGAGCUCCAGUUCGGCGGCGACGGCAUGCCGGGGUUGGAGUGUGGCGGGGUGGGCGUCGUGGGCGGUGGCGGGGGUUACAUGACGAGCCCGGUGAUGAUGAUGAUGCCAGGGCUGACUGAGGAAGAGUGCGAGAGGUACCAGCAGCUCCUGCAGAUCAAGUGCCAGUACGACCACGGCGAAGAGAAGGGCGGACAGGAAGGGGGGGAGGAGGGGGACGUGAUGGGGGUCUCUACGCUGGACGUGAACUGCAACGAGAGCCUGUGCCUGUCGGAGCACGAGAUGGCCCUGCUGGAGGAGGAGCUGCGUCACCUGGAGUUCAAGUGCCGGAACAUUCUGCGGGCGCAGAAGAUGCAGCAGCUGCGCGAGCGCUGCCUGAAGGCGUGGAUGAUGGAGGAGGAGGCGUCGGGCUGCGGCUCGCCCGCACACACACCGCCGCCGCCGCCGCUGCUGGGGCCGCCCGACGCGCAGCUGUCCGACAUCAACGAGCUGCCCGAGCGGGAGCGGUCGGACAAGGAGAGCACCAGCGCCUACAACACGGGCGGCGAGAGCUGCCGCAGCACGCCGCUGGUCAGCGAGCACCUCUCGCCGCCGUUCUCCGAGCCCCCCCUCAGCCCCCUGAGCAUGCACCGGCACCGGGAGCGCGGCCGCGCCGGCGCCAACCUCAACUGCUCCUACUCGCCCACCAGCUACAGGAAGUGGCAGGCCUCCACCCUCGGCGGUGGUGGCGGCGGCGGCAGCUCCAGCCAGAAGUACCGCUCCCUGUGCUGGGAGUCGCCGUCCAGGCGGGUGCCCGCCGACGGGGGCACCCCGACGCGAAGGGCCCCCAAGGUGCCCGACAGGAUGGGCGGGCACAGCGCAGAGUCCAGUCCGUACUUUGCCCGUCGCCAACACCACAGCAGCAGCAGCAGCAGCAGCAAGCCCCUGGAGCGCUACCAGAGCUGCAUGCAAUUGGGCGCCAAUCCUGAAGGUGGCGCUGCCCUGGACAGGACGGUGGAGGGCGAGAGCGAGGCCGCGGUGGGCAGCAGCGGCCCGGAGAGCGGCGGCGGCGGCACCUCCGGCCCGGCGCCGGCGUUCAUCCCGGUCUCCGACCUGCCGCCCAGCCCGGCCAAGCUGAGCCUGAACCUGCCGCUGUCGCCGGCCUCGUCGCCGCGCAUGGAGUGGAAGGUGAAGAUCCGCAGCGACGGCACGCGCUACGUGGCCAAGCGGCCCGUGCGCGACCGCCUGCUCAAGGCGCGCGCCAUGCAGAUCCGCGAGGAGCGCAGCGGCAUGACCACGGACGACGACGCCGUCAGCGAGAUGAAGAUGGGCCGCUACUGGAGCAAGGAGGAGCGCAAGCAGCAGCUGCUCCGCGCCCGCGAGCACCGCCGCCGCCGCGAGUUCAUGAUGCAGAGCCGCCUGGAGUACCUGCGCGAGCGCGACUGCGCCACCCAGGAGAGGGAGACGGUAUUAACGGCCACGUCCCAGCAGAACUCCCCGGCGCGAUCCAGCUCCUACAUCCUGGAGCUUAGCCAGCGCAAGAGCAUGAAGAAGCGCAACCGACGGAUCCUGGACAAUUGGAUCACCAUCCAGGAACUGCUAACCCACGGGAGCCGCUCGUCCGACGGGCAGAAAGUGUAUAACUCACUGCUCUCGGUCACCACCGUUUGAGACGUGAGUUUAGCUAAGGAAAGGAGCCGUAACAGCUCGUGCUAACUGAAGAUGAGGACGUCAUUUCAGACACGCGGUGAACACAAAGUACACUCCAAUAUCGUUUUUAAAAACACUGCUGUACAAUAUGCCGACAUUCUACUGACAUAUCUCAUUUUUCCUACAGUGUUCAAAGUCAUUCA